CACAACAAUUUAUGCCUAGAGCAGUACUCGUAUAAUUCUUGUCCUCGAAGUUACGUGAAAGAGGGUUGUGACAUCGCAUUCGUGAGAACAAAAAACGUCGAUACAUACUGUAAUUCAAUGUAACUCGAGGUUACAGAAGACAGUUGAGGAUCACUGAUUUUCUUUCAUAUCAUGAGAUUUUUUCCUAACUGUCAUCAUUGUGUUAUUACAUAUCAGAGACUGAACAUUUGUCCCCACCAAAUUUACUACUGAUAUGAUAAUCGCGUUAACAAUUUGUUGUAAUGGUACGCAGUGUUCAGGUUCAGUUUGACAAAAAAAUUGAACGAGCGUGAGCCACAUCACUGAUAAGUUUUACUAGUGUAUGUGUAUUGCUCUAUAAACCUUGACAAUUCAAACUUUUUUUACUUUUGUUUUUGUUUUUGUUUUUUUUUCUUUUCCUGUCUUUGUUUAAUAUUAAAGCAAAGCUAAUAAAUUUUUUUUAUAAUACUGACAAUUAAAUGGUGUUUUACUUUUCACUGCCUCAGUAUAUUAAUUAAGAACUCAAGUGCAUUUUUUGGUUUUAUUUAGUGUACAACAUUGUAUGUUAAGUGUAAAUUAUUGUAUAUAAAUAUAUAUUUAUAUAUUAAUAUUGAUAAAAGACAAAAGGUUAUAAAAUAUACAACAACUCAGUGGAAGAAGUUUAAAAUUAAUUAUAAAAGCAAUUAAAUUUUUAAACAUUUGAUUGAUUAGCUAUUUGUUAUACAAACAAACGUACGUUGGUAUGGUAUACUUGACGAGUGCUUGGGGUAUGGGAGAAACUGAUCCCAAAUGUUUAAGCACCAACUUAUCCCCAAUUUCAUCCUCUACGUCUUCAUCAGCUACUGCAUUCCGUCAAGAACAUGAUGAGGAAGUUGCUCUGCACCCACUCAAUAAUCAGGUUGGAGGACACACUCGUCUGUUACUCCUCAAUCAAAAUACAAUAUGCAAGCCGUUGAAUAAAAGAGAGUUGGACUUUUAUCGAAACAUUCCUCAAGAUAUACAAAUGUUUGUCCCUAAAUUCAAAGGUGUUAUUCAGGCGUCCAGUAGUUGCGGUGAAGUAGAGAAGCGUUACAGUCCAAGUUUUAGAGAUGCUGAAAAUUCAUCACAUCAUCAGGCUCAAGUUGGCAAAAGUUCGACUAAACGAAAACGCGAUGACGUCCUUAGAAUGAAAAUUCAUCGUAAGAAUAGUACAGUUGAUGUGCUGAAACCUGAAUCACACUUGGAUAGUUCUUCAAAUAAACAAUAUUUUUUAUUAUUAGAAAAUAUAACAUGUUGUUACACUCAUCCUUGUAUAUUGGAUUUAAAAAUGGGAACAAGACAACACGGAGAUGAUGCUUCAGCAGAAAAACGUAGUAAACAAAUAGCUAAAUGUGCCGCAAGUACAUCUGCGUCUUUAGGAGUGAGGUUGUGUGGUAUGCAGGUUUAUCAAGCAGAUAUUGAUCAGUACGUGAAAAGAGAUAAAUACUGGGGCCGUGAGCUGAACGAGGAGGGUUUCAAAGCUGCACUGUAUCGCUUCUUCCACAAUGGUUACUGCCUUAGAAUUCAUGUGAUCCAGCGGGUAAUUACUCGAUUGGAAAGUCUUCGUCGAGCUAUUGAGAGACAGAGCAGCUAUCGUUUUUAUUCUUGCUCCUUGCUAGUUGUUUACGAGGGAUUUCAAAUAGAAGAUUACUCAAGUCGUUCAAGAAGUCCAUUAACAACACUCGGCGUUGAAGAAGAAUCCAAUGAAUCAUCAAGUUUUGUUGAAAAUCUUACCCAUGAUUCGGAUAGUUUCCUAGAUGGUAGCCACAGCAAUGCAUCAACGGAUUUUAAUCUUGGUCAUGAAGAAGUUAAUCAAACAAUCUUACAUCGUGCUUUUGGUGAAGCAGCGGCGCGUGGAGCGAAACAUGCUACGGGUUUUUAUCCAAUAAAUGAGGAAACUGUUUUUAUGGAUCCACCAUCUAAUUUAAUUAAUGCAACGGUGGUACCAAGUCAAGACUAUGACAGUUGGACGUUUACAGACACUCAAAGUAAUCUAAGCAGUCACAAUAUUAGUACUUCAAGCAGUAGCAGCAGUAGUAGUGAUAGUGAUAAUGAAUAUUGUUGUGUUGGUAAACACACGAUAACAAAUUCAGAUGAUAUCAGCUCAGACUUAGAUCUAGGUCGUAAAUGCUCGUUGAAAAGAACACGACCAGGCCAUAGAUUGGAUAUUUAUGAAGGUCAAAAUCAUCAAGAUGAAGAGGAAGAGCUUAAAAGCGCGACAAAGAGACUUAGAGUUAAACAUAAUAAUAAAAACCCCCCUGAAAAUGCAAUGGUCGAUGUUAGAAUGAUUGAUUUCGCGCAUACAACAUUUGAACAUAAAAUAGCCUCAAGUUCAGUAGCAUGCCAUUCUAAUUCAACAGUACAUCAAGGACCUGAUUGCGGUUUUUUAACGGGUCUUGAUAGUCUUAGAAGAUUGUUAAUGGAGAUACUUGCUGAAGGUUAACAAUUACGUUUCUUCAAUUAAUAUUUUUAGUUUCAUGAACCAUGAAAGGACAUGAACUUUUUUUGAUUUCAAACGAGAAAUAAUAAAAAAUAGAUAAAUUAUUAAAUUAUUAAAUAAUAAAAAAUAAACGUUAAAGUCAGUGUUAUACUGCAUUGAGUCAUCUGAUUGUUGGCUUGGUGCCACGUACCGAUAAAGCUCCGGUCAGUCGGGUAUUAAAAGAUUAUUAGGUGAAUCAUUAGAACCGAUCUGACAAUUGUAAUGGAUGUCUGUAAUAAAGUGGAUUAUUCUGGAAUUUUCUCCGUCGUAUAAGACACAUGUAGUAUUCCAUGAGAAAACAACGCUGUUGAAUACUUUUUUUUUGUUGUCGUAAUAAUAAAGAGAAAAUAAAAUGAAUAUUUUUUGAUUCUUAAACUCCAGAAAAAUGUAAAAAAUUAAUCUUAUCGUACUCAGAAAAAAAUUACAUAAAAUAAAAUAAUUGAUAAGAAGCGUAUAUAAUUAACGUAAAUAUUUCAUAAGCCUAUCAAGUAGAUGUUUGAUUGUUUAAAAAUAUAUUAAAUAGUCAUUUUGGCUGUAUAACUAUCAAGAUGUAUAUAUUGUAAAAAAAGAAGAGUACUGAAAAACAGAACAGAACGAA